CUCUCUCUCUCUCUCUCUCUCUCUCUCUCUCUCUCUCUCUCUCAUCUGCGGACUCAUCCUCCUCUUAUUAAAUCUGCUUAAUUCUUUUAGUGUCCGCUCUCUAUCUCUCUCUCUCUCAAACACACAAUUCUUCGGGGCAAGUCAAAAUACUUACUUCUGUGUAAGAUUAUGGACGGAGGUGGCGACGGUGGUGGUGCCGCGUACAACCCACGCACGGUGGAGGAGGUUUUUAGGGAUUUUAAAGGUCGUAGGAAUGGCAUGAUUAAGGCUUUAACCACUGAUGUUCAGGAGUUUUACCGACUUUGUGAUCCAGAAAAGGAGAACUUGUGCCUAUAUGGGCACCCGAAUGAGCACUGGGAAGUGAAUCUACCAGCUGAAGAGGUUCCUCCGGAGCUCCCAGAGCCUGUCUUGGGUAUCAACUUUGCCAGAGACGGGAUGAUGGAAAAGGAUUGGCUGUCCCUUGUUGCUGUCCACAGUGAUGCAUGGCUUCUUGCAGUUGCUUUCUUUUUCGGAGCCAGGUUUGGAUUUGACAAAGCUGAUAGGAAACGGCUUUUCAAUAUGAUGAAUGACCUCCCAUCAAUAUUUGAGGUUGUGGCUGGCACUGCAAAGAAAGCAUCAAAGGAGAAAUCAUCUGUUUCCAACAACAGCAGCAACAGAUCCAAGUCAAACUCCAAGAGAGGAUCAGAACCUAAGCCCAAAUACUCAAAGCCAGAGCCCAAAGAUGAAGAGGAAGAGGAAGGUGUGGAAGAGGAAGAUGAGGAUGAUGAUGAUGAGCAAGGGGAAACACAGUGUGGGGCAUGCGGUGAGAGCUAUGCGGCCGAUGAGUUCUGGAUCUGCUGUGACCUCUGCGAGAACUGGUUCCAUGGGAAGUGUGUGAAGAUAACACCAGCCAGAGCUGAGCACAUCAAGCAGUACAAGUGCCCAUCUUGCAGCAACAAGAGAGCUCGUUCCUAAAAAUUUACAUUGUUUAUUGCCGCCGCCCUUUGUCUAUUUGCUUUUGCAUAUGAUGAAACAAGCCCCCCUAACUGUUUGGUUAGAUCAGAUUUGUUGGUUGAGUUAAGACUUCAUGUGAUUUGGUUUUUAUCUUAGGCGCUAGUUAGCCUCUUGUUUCAUGUUUGUUUAUUAGAGAGGAAAAUAUUUUAAAAACCCAAUCAAAGUAUCUUGUUAGAUUUGAAGAGACAGAGAAACUUUGACUAUGAAUGUGGUUUAUUAUCAUA